UACAGUAUAAUUAAUGGAUUUGCCUUACCAUUAAAAGAAGAGCACAAAAUUUUCUUAUUGAAGGUGUUAUUACCUUUGCACAAAGUGAAAUCGCUCAGUGUCUACCACCCACAGUUGGCAUACUGUGUAGUUCAAUUUUUAGAAAAGGACAGCACGCUUACUGAACCAGUGGUGAUGGCACUGCUCAAAUACUGGCCAAAGACUCACAGUCCAAAAGAAGUCAUGUUUUUAAAUGAACUAGAGGAAAUUUUAGAUGUCAUUGAACCAUCUGAAUUCGUAAAGGUUAUGGAGCCUCUUUUCAGACAGCUAGCCAAAUGUGUGUCCAGUCCACACUUCCAGGUGGCAGAACGAGCACUAUACUACUGGAAUAAUGAGUACAUUAUGAGUUUAAUCAGUGACAAUGCAGCAAAGAUUUUGCCCAUCAUGUUUCCAUCAUUGUACCGAAAUUCAAAGACACAUUGGAACAAGACAAUACAUGGCUUGAUAUACAAUGCUCUGAAACUCUUCAUGGAGAUGAACCAAAAACUGUUUGAUGACUGCACACAACAAUUUAAAGCAGAAAAACUGAAAGAGAAGCUAAAAUCGAAGGAAAGAGAAGAAGCAUGGGUUAAAAUAGAAAAUCUAGCCAAAUCAAAUCCCCAGUACCCAACAUAUAGUGACACCAGUUUGCUGAACAGUCCUGUUGCAAUGGAAACAGAUGGGCCUUUAAUUGAAGAUUUACAGAUGCUGAAAAAGACAGUGAAAGAGGAGGCGUGUCAGGCACAGAGAGAUCAGAAAAAGGAUCAUCCUCUUAUGCGACGCAAGUCAGAACUGCCUCAGGAUAUCUACACCAUGAAAGCCUUGGAAUCCCAUUGCAGAGCUGAUGAGCUAAUAUCACACGAUGGGCAUUAGACUAUUACAGUGAAAUAUUAUUUUGGAGGAAAACUUUUUUCUGGACUGAGUUCUACAGUAGAGAACUUACUUUUUUGUGCCAUACCAAUCAGUUACACAAAAGUCAAAGCUUUCUUCAACCCAGUUCUGUAGGCAAUAACUUAAUACAGUAUGCAGCUCAAGAUUAGUAGUUCAAACAAUGGUAAAUUACUUGAUUCCAUAUGCAGAACCAUGGGUUGACUAGUAUUAGGUGGCCACGUUUUUCUGGUGGUGUUAAAGUACCAGUUGGUAACAUGCAUAGUUUUAUAGUAGUACUUGAGAAUAACAUUCUGUAAGUUAUUUCCACCAAAAUUGAAGUCAUUUGAAUGACUGAUCAUUGGUACUAUGAUAACACUGUUUUCAAAAGCAAAAUUCUUUCGGAUUUAAGUAUUACAUGUUUUUCUAAGACUUCUCAACUUUGAAAUUGUUUCCACAUUACUAUUGUUUUGUAAUCUACCAGCAGUUUUGAAAAUAGACAGUUCUUUACUUUCCUAUUAUAAAAAACAGCUUACAAAAUAGUAACUUCAUGACAAUCCUCAAUCAUGGUUGCUUUCUAAGAGUUCUGUAAAUUGUUUCUUUACUUAGGAUAAAGACAUAUAUAUACACCAUGUCCUAGUACUUUACAUGUAUUUAAAGCCAUAUUUUCCAGUCAUUAGUAUGUAAUACAGCACCAGUAUUCCAAAAGUCAACUGGUAGAAGAAUUUGUUUCCUAAAAUGAAAAUUUAUGUACCUUGACUGGGAAUAAAUUGAAUAUAAAAAUAUUUAUAUUUUGAUUUUCAUUCCUUGUUUUCAGUUUAGUAAAACAUUGUUUCUCCCUUAUCUGAGCUUUUAAUACUCAGCAUUUUUUCUUGGGCUCUAAGAGUUCAAUAUUCUGUGGCAGAUACCAUGAUGUCAUUUAAGUUGCAUUAGUCUUCUCAGACAAAUAUUGUUGCCUUUCAGUGAAACACAACACCAAUAGCUUGUAUUAUAAAGUAAAAACAGGUAAAAGAUGUGAGUUUAAGAGCUGAUAAAUCAACAGUGACCGUAGUUUUACGUGAAUAUAUUUUUUUGUGUUGUAAAAAGCACAUAUAUUACAAAUACACCUCACAGGUAAAAUGAAAAUGCAUCUGAGUUGCUGAUGAUCUUCAAAUGCUGCUAUAUAUUCCACAAGAUUACUUGCAUGUAAUGAGCUUUUUGUUGUAGAUGGAAAAGCACGGGAGGAAAAUCUCUUUAAACAUAUAGUGCUUUGUCUUCAAUAUUUGAUUUCUCUCAGGGUGGCCAGUAUUUUGACUUACUUAUCCUGCUUAAGAGCUGUUUGAGAUGUGUUCUGCUAUUCUAAAUGGGUGACUAGUUUCUUUUGUCUCUGGCAGUAACAUAAUAUAACUUUAAUGUUUAAUGUCUUGAUGCAUAAAAAGAUAAAAAUGUGGCUUCUUUAAUAAUAGUUUGUUUUAUUUUUUUAAAAAAAGAGGUCUCCUGCAUCCAUAAAAAUAUUGUGCAAAGCAGACAUUCAUAGUAACAUUGUGCAGAUGUAGUGCCUGCUGUCUGUUGGCUGCAUUGAAAAUACAAUUUCCAAUAUUAUUACAUUGUCUAUUUGGAAAAAAGGUCAUUUUAGUGAGUGGGAAUUAUUGCUAAAAAAAAAACACAAAACCUAAAUUGAAAGACCACCUAAAGCUUCAAGUGGAAAAGUCCACUGUGUGUGAAAAACACUUCCUGUUAAACUUGAAAGAGAAUAUGCUUUACCAUUAUGAUAAACUAUAUAAAAACAGUUUAAAGAUGCCUUCUCCUUUUGAGGGAAAAAGGGUGCUUUUUUAAUUGUAUAAAGCAAUGUCUAUGUAUUUUGAUAUACCAUUGUUUGAACUUCCAUCUUUAGCUGGUAAAUUAUCAAAUAAUUUGAUUUUGGGUGUUCAAUAUGUUUGUGCAAGAGGUUUCUGGAAAGAAGUACUCUUAUUUUACCCUAGGAAAAAAACUUGUAUGUCAAUGUUUGAUUGUGUAACGCUCAACGUAUAAGAACAUCUUUUACUGUCUAGAUUUUAUUUCUGUUCUUUACUGAAGAAAAUAUUCACCAAAAAAAGGGGGAGGGGCAAUUUUUUUUUAAUUAAAGUUUGUCAGAAAUUCACAUUUGAGGUUUGGGGCCACAGAACAUUUGCCUAGACAGUAUUCCAAAAAUUAUCAGCACUGAUUGUUUGGCUUGUUUGUUACCAUCAUUUAUAUAUUUUGUAUAGUCAUAUACUAAACUUCUCUAAAACUACUACAUCCAAAAUAAAAAGUAAAAAUAAAGUAGAAUUUUGGUGGCUGUUCUUCUUCAUAAAGUUCUGUGUUUGACACCUUUCCAUGUUCUCAAAAAUUGCAUCUGUACAUGAGGAAUGUCAAAAGUAAUAUUACAAGUGUCUUUUUAGUGUGGCUUUAGUAUGGCUUUAUUUUAAUAUUGUACAUACAUUGUACUUUGUUUUAUGGUAAUAAGUAAUAAAAAUGUAGACUUCAUAUUUUGUACAGAAUGGUCCUAUGUACAGAAUAAAAAGUUCCUAGAAACAGCAAAAAUAGGUAAGUGGCACAAUUAUUUUUCUUUAGACAAUAUCUGUAACUUUGUUUUAGUAAAAUGUUAAGUUCAAAUGUACCUACAUAUUUUUUAACAUUUUGUAAUUCAGAUUUUGUUCUGACCUUGUUUAUGAAGAACAACCUUCAUACACCUGCCAUUUAUUACGCUCUUUUAUCUAAUUUUAAAAUUCUAAAAGUGGUGUAUUAUAUGGACUAAAUAAAGAACAUGUGAAUUUUA